AUGGACUUCAGAGAAAUCCUCCUGAUUGCUUCCAAGGGACAAGGUGUCAACCAUGUUCCGAAAAGAUACAGUUUGGCAGUGGGGCCUCCUAAGAAAGAUCCAAAGGUGAAAGGUGUCCAGCCGGCAGCUGUGCAAGCUUUCCUGCGGAGGAAAGAAGAGGAGCUUAGGCGGACCGCCUUAGAGAAGAAAAGGAGGCGAGAAGAACUAGUCAGAAAACGAAUUGAGCUCAAACAUGACAGGAGAGCCAGAGCUAUGGCCAGAAGGACAAAGGACAAUUUUUAUGGCUACGACGGGAUUCCUGUUAAGGAAAAGACAAAGAAGAGCCAGAGAGCAGGAAGCCGCCCAAACCAGGGCACUGACCCAGAGUAUGAGGUGGAGACAGGGGAGUUCCUAGACUACAGUCAGGGUGAGUUGGAGCAGGAAUUCAAGGAGGACCAAGAGCCUCUCAAAGCUGAAAGCCAACCAAAGGCCCCCCUUAAAAGAGCCCCUCCCCCCAUGACCUUCACUGAAUUAAUGAGGUUAGCUGAGAAGAAGCAGUUCGAACCAGUGGAGGUCAAGGCAGUGAGAAAAGCAGAAGAGAGGCCUUUGACUGCGAAGGAACUCAGGGAGCGAGAGUUUCUUGGACGAAUGCAUAAGAACAAGAAACCUGAGACAGAAGCCAAAUUCCCUCUGCCUGUGUCUCCCUCUCAUAGAGACAGUGUGGGCACAAAACCCAGCAAGGGUUCUGGGGACAGGCAGACUUUUUCCAAAGGAUUGCUCUUUCCUCGUGCUGAGAAGACAUCCAAACCCAGCACAGGCAAUGAGAAGCAAGUAGCUUUGUCUCCACACAAAUCCACUCCAGGAGAGAGGAUCAAGGCCGGAUCUGGCAGUAGCUCCCAGGCCUCACACAAUAGACCUGUCUCCCAUGGGGCUGGAAAGCCCCAGCCCAGCACCUGUUCCCCAAGUGUCCCAAAGACUUCUGCUAGUGGGACUCAAAAGUCUGCUUCUGAGCAGAAAGCCAGAAAACCUCUUCCUUCUCAUCCCAGUCAUUCCAAACCUGGGCCCACAGUCUUCCCACACAACAAGAGUCCAGGUAUCAGACAGCCAGGCAGCAACACUGACUCAGCUUCUGGACAACCUAGCCCAGGGACAGCUUGGCCCACAGUUAGUUCUGGCGCCAUACCCAGGCGCCAGAACAGCAGCUCCAGCUCAGGACCCAAGCAGUCCAUCAGUGGGAUCAGAAAGCUGGCCAGCAAUCCACAUCCCUCUGGACGAACAGUCAAUGGCGCAAAUGGUACUGGACUACCUGCCAGCAGCUCCACUGACCCUGGGCGACCCAUCAGUAGCCCUGGUGGUUCUGGAAGAUCUUCGAGCAGUUCUGGAGGUCCUACGGGGCCUGUAAACAGUCUACAUGACAUCCGACGACCAGUGAGCAGCCUAGGUCCCCCUGGGCAGUCAGUCAGUGGCCCUGGGACGUCUAUAAGUGGUUCCGUUCCAGCUAGAAGGACUGUCAGUUCAGGCCCUGGAAGACCAGUGAGCAGCUUGGGACCUGGACGCACAGUUAGUAGCCCAGGCCUCCCCAUAAAACCCAAGUGCACAGUUGUCUCAGAAACAAUUUCUUCAAAGAAUAUUAUUAGUCGGUCAAGCAAUGGACAGAUAAAUGGAAUGAAGCCUCUGCCGUCUGGCUACAGAUCUGUCCCAGGACCUCAAAGGCUCCCCUUCCCUACUGGCUACAAAAGGCUUCGAGAGUGUAAAGAAGAAAGUGAUGAUGAAUAUGACCCAGACAUGGAUGAUUUCAUUGAAGAUGAAGGAGACCCCCAGGAAGAAAUAUCCAAGCACAUUCGGGAAAUCUUUGGCUAUGACCGACGAAAGUAUAAAGAUGAAAGUGACGAUGCUUUACGUUACAUGGAGAGCAGCUGGCAGGAGCAGCAGAAGGAGGAAGCCAAGAGUUUAAGACUAGGAAAGCAAGAGGACCGCCAGGAGAUGAGACGUGAGGAGGAAGAAAGGAAACGCCGAAAGGCCAAGAAGCUGAAGUUUCCUUAUGUGAGCUCCUGCUAA